AUGAUCACCUAUGUCAACAAGUGGGUCGCUGCUGGCGUACCCAUUGAUGGUAUCGGAUCCCAAGGCCAUCUUACUACUGGCCUUGGCUCCAGUGCGGAAGCCGCUCUUACUGCUCUUGCUGGAUCCAGCGUUUCUGAGAUUGCAGUUACUGAGCUUGAUAUUGUUAAUGCUGGAGAACCAGACUACGUCGCUGUUGCCAAGGCUUGCCUGAACAUUGAGAAGUGUGUAGGAAUCACUGUUUGGGGUGUUAGCGACAAGGGCUCGUGGAGGGCGAGCUCCAACCCGCUGCUCUUUGACUGA